AUGACGGAAGAAGCGUCAGAAUAUGAAGUCAAGCGGCAACGACGUAUAGCUGCGAACCAAGAGAAACUCCAGGAGCUUCAGAUUGUAUCAUUAAGUACGAAUCCAUCUCUCGCGCAUGAAUGUACGAAGCGAAAACGAGGUUUCGAGACGUUGCAACGAUCGAGGAGAACUCCCACAAGACGGUCAUUACGACAGGUAAAAAAGGACAAAGUGAUGGAACAAGAGCAAUGCAAGGCCGUGAAGAAAACACGUGACAAAAGCGUGAAAAGUACACUGGAAGCAAGGAGAAGAGAAGAAGAGGAGGUAAAAGCGGCUACAUUAUUUCAUGGAGAAGAUCGAAAGAAGGACGAGGUACUGGAUGCACAAGAAGAGCAGUGGAAGAGACUGGAUUGGAGAAUGAGGAGGAAAUUACAGCUUCGAAAAGAGAGGAGACAAGUAACGAUGCAAAAGAGAGAAGAGAAGAAGAGAAGGAGAUUGAAAGAGAAAGUAAAGUGGGAAAGGAUUCGAGCACGGGAACGAAAAGCUAAGAAGAGACAAAAGGAGAGAGACAAACUGGAAAAGAGUGUACAAAAGGAAUUGGCAUUGCAGCAGAGAAUGGAAGAAGGUGAGCUGAUGCGACAAGAAGAUCGAUUGGCACGAAGUGUCGUGAAACAGAGGGUCAAAGAUGAAAAGAUGAAGAAACGGCACGAUCAAAAUGCGCUGGUAAAGAUAGUGUUGGACGACACGGUGGUAAAUGAACGACAGCGAUUGCGUGAAAAGGAAGAUGCAUGGAGGAGGGAGAUUUAUCCUGUACAGAGAAUUCAUUUGCCUCUUGUGAUGAUAUCUGACCCGGUUGGUUUCGAUAAAACCAAGCCGCUGGUGUUAAGCUCACUGUUGAAUGUGGAUGUAGAUCUUUUCCAUGCAUUCUCGCUCGGCAAACAGUUUUUACCUCCAGGAAAAAAAGCUGUGAUGCAAGGUCUGUGUCCAGGAGGAUUUAUAACGGCAUUUCAAGAACAUGCUGACAUUCAUGUCUGGAAAAACGCAAUGACGUUGUUUGUCAGUGGUACCACGGGAUUGUUCUACCAUUACAUGUUUGAAGAAACAAGGCAUGAUGGCCGCAUAUACGUUUACUUUCGAUGGAGCCGCAGUAAAGACGUCACGCCACCAAUUCUAUGGCGUAUGUGUCAAGUGCAAAAAGGUGAAGAACAUUUACGCUUGAACAUGAGCUAUUACGACGCUGCAACGCCGACUCAGAAUCCGGAAUCUCUCCUGCUUUUUGUCCAGUAUCCAAAGGGUCCCUAUAUCUAUUGCGGACGACUGGGCUAUCUCGGUCAUCAACCGAACCCGCUUGAAUUUUCUUUUCAGCUACUUGACACCAACGCACUGAACUGGAGACGAAUUCGCACUUUGCUAACAUCCUGUUCAUCAUGA